AGGUAUAAAACACCGCAGAGUUUCACAGGAAAUGGCGGCAGAAGUAAAACCGCAAGAAAUAUAUAUGGAGAAUGUUAAACUGAAGGAGGAUAAUGAAAGACUAAAACGCUUUAAGGAAAAAGUUGAACGACAGUUUGGUAUCGCUAUCGCCAAUGAUGAUCCAGAUGCCGAGGAGAAGGACAAUUUUCUACCGUCUUUCUUAUCCGAUAAAGACACCAGAGGUGUUGUAGAUAGAGGUUCUACGUGCAAUAAAGUAUGCACAACAUUUGUUAGGAAGACUCUGUUAAAACUGCUGGUGAUAGUCAUGAUUGCUGGAUUCUUUGUAACUGCGUAUGUGUUCACCGAAAGAAGACGUGAAAGUACACUGCAGUCUUUGGUUUCCGUCGUAAAAUCUGAGAAAGAAUCAUCUGUAGUGUCCGGAGGUUUUGCCCCGUUCGUAGCUAAGAACAUUGGAAACACAGUUAAAGACUCCCUACAAAAGUAUUACUUAAACAUAGGUAUGCGUCAAGACUAUCAGCUUCAAGAAUGUCAAGGGUCAGAAUUAAAACUGUCUUUUCCCGACGUAGACUAUUCUCUACUAGGUUAUAACGUUUUAAAAGGCUUCCCGCUCGCCACCGGUCACGAUCCUGGCUUCACAUAUCCGAUAUUUCGGCAUGAUUACUCUUCUGGUGGCAUGACCGCCGACUGCCGGUAUAGUGUACCACGUGGUCUUGUAAUUAUCCCGGAUGUGUCAUGUGUAACUUCGUUUUCAUCAACAACAAUACAAACAAAAUACGAGUUUUCAAAGGCAUUGUCAGUCUCCGCUAGUGUAAGUGGAGGCGGGUGGGGAGUGAGUUUUUCUGCAAGUGCAGGGUACAAGCAAUCUUCGUCAGAAAUGUCCACUGGAGAAUCAGUCUAUAUUAUAUCAUCUGCUCAAUGUAACUACUACUUUAGUAAACUGAUAACAGAAGAUGCCCCACAGUUUGACGAUACCUUUGCCAAAUGGAUUCACAAACUGAAUGAAACGGAUUGGGAUCCUGAACUGUACUUCGAGUUCUUCGAGACAUACGGAACACACUUUCCAACGGAAGUAACUUUUGGAGCAAGAUUUAUCUACGAGCAUAAAAUGUCUUCAUCUAAGUAUGAAAGUGAAAAGAAAAAAAGGUGUCAAUGUCGCUGUUCAAGCCAGCUACUCAGGAUUGUUUAGUGUAGGCGGUGGUUUCAACUUAGAUUCCGAGCAAAGACAAUCAGCGUCCAGUUUUUCAAAAUCAGUUGAAACCAAGACAAUCACUGUUGGCGCACCACCACCUGCAAACGGCGAUGCUAUGACAUGGGCGUCAGAGGUAAAAACCAGCCCAGUACCGACAGCCUAUAAAUUAGCAUCAAUUGAGCGUUUGUUUACUGAAAGAUACAUGGGGAAAAUGAAUGUGGACUACGAACGUAUUCGUAAUAAUAUAAACACUAGGAAGCAUGAGUAUUGCUUAUACCUACGGAAAGAAGGGAAAGUUGAAUCGUGUGAGAGUUUGGUUGCAGGAGUUGAGCUAAAAAACACCAGAUUAUACGAUCAUUAUAAAGAAACACAGGUUGCACUGAGUUCGGAAUGUAUCGAGAAAUGUUUGGAAGAAGUAGAGUGUGUUGCAGUGACACUUUGCAUCACUUGCAAGAGUUCCAGUUAUGCGUAUAAUACAUGCUAUAUGUUCACAGAAAGAGGAUACUCGACUACCGCAGACAAAACAGAAACGGGUAGCGUUUUAUGGCGAAGCAAUAUAUUUCCAGAGAAAAUGAAGUCUCAGAUUGAAUUUGGCAACACAGUAAUUACCGGCGUCCCGCGGGGAUUUGAAAAUGAUGAAGACAAAAAUGCAAGCCUGGCAAAAUGCCACGAGCUUUGCAUCAAGGACGCCCACUGCGUCGCAUACACCCACUGCGAGUGUUUGGAAAAAAUAGUGAAAUGCAAUAUGUAUAGCAAGGAGAGAAUAUCGGGCUUGGAAAAAGAACCUGGCACGACAGCAUUCUUUAUUUCCAGUCGUCAGCAUGUCGUGACAACUACACGAGCAUCAACAACGGUUGAAAGAACAACCAAAAAUGCAAAGCAGGACAGCAACAAAUGAAUCUUUUAUCUCUUUCACAUAUAUGAAUAAUUGAUUAUCAUUGAACAAUAAUUAGUUUAGUCCAUUUUAUGAUACCACGGUGAAUUAAUCACAGAUUUACUGAUCCAUGUCUUGUCUAACACAGAUUGGUCUUUGGCAAUAUCUCAUAAACAAAAAUAAACAAUAUUCAGUUCCUUUUCA